UACUCAUUAUUAAUGCGAUUAUCAGAAAGUAAAUAUUCUGAAGAUAUAUAUAGUAUAUACGCAAUUGCGUGUUUGUACGGGAUGCACAAACUAUAAUUCAUUGCAUGAACAUUUUUUGGGCGUUUCAAAACGAUGCUUUAUCACGCAAUGUAUAUAAAGUCUAGAUUAUCUUGAAUUAUCAUUACGUUAUGGUACUAUUUCUCUGGAUUUCAUUGGCUACUAAUUGUCAACUGUCAGUUGUGGACAUUUAGUGACGUUUAGCUGUUUGUUUUGAUUCAUUAAUACAGUUAGAAAAAUGCUAUGGCGGCCUCAGGAUCACAUAAUGGGGAUGCAGAGACUGAAAGUGAUAAAUUUGAAGGAUCAAAAAUUGAUCGACAUGGUUUCCUUCAAGACUCUAACUGUAGCUCUGAUAGCCUUGCAAAACAAGGAAUACCACCUGAGAUAAUGCUAAGAAGGGAACGAAAAUGGAUACAGAUGUUAAAUAAUUGGAGUCAUUUCAUGAAUACAAAUUAUCGUAAAGUAAGAGAAAGAUGCAGAAAAGGUAUUCCACCUUCUGUAAGGCUCCGUGCAUGGUUAAAUCUAUGUGGGGGCCAAUUGUUGAUGGAUGGAAACCCAAAUUUAUUUGAAGAACUGGUAGAACGAUCUGGUGAUCCAAAAUAUAUAGACGAUAUAAAAAAAGAUCUUCAUCGACAAUUUCCUCAUCAUGUGAUGUUUAUUGGAGAAGCACCAGGACAAGAAGAACUAUUUAAAGUGUUGAAGGCAUAUUCAAUUUUGAAUAGUAAAGUUGGUUAUUGUCAAGCUCAAGCACCUAUCGCAGCAUUUUUGCUGAUGCAUAUGCCUGCUGUACAAGCAUUUUGGUGUCUCGUUGCAAUAUGUGAUAAAUACUUGAUCGGUUAUUAUAGUCAAGGAAUGGAAACAUUAUUAAGAGAUGGAGAUAUUUUAUUUGCUCUUCUUAAAAGAGUAUCUCCUGUUGCUUAUAAACAUUUAAAAAAACAAAAGAUGGAGCCAAUUUUAUAUAUGACUGAAUGGUUCUUGUGUGUUUAUACGCGAACACUGCCAUGGGAAAGUAUUCUUCGAGUGUGGGAUAUGUUUCUUUGUGAAGGCGUUAAAAUUAUUUUUAAAGUCGGUCUGGUUUUGUUAAAAGGCAGUUUAGGUCGUACAUCCCUUACUAAACGCUGUCCGACAGUUUACGAAACGCUCCAAGUACUAAGAAAUCCUCCACAACACAUUAUGGAAGAAGAAGCUUUAGUGUAUCAGAUUCGAAAACUAAAUAUAACUGAAGAGGAUUUUGAAUACGAGCAUCAGCGUCAAGUAUUAAAACGAAAAGCAGCAGAACAGGCAUCUCUUUCCACUGCUAAUCGGACAGACUGACUAAAGAAGUAGGUAGCAUGUAAAAUGAGUAAAGAGCUUACAGGUAUUACUCCAAAGUGUGCCUUCCUCUCUAUAUUCUUCAUAUUGUACAGUUCACAACAUCUAUAUAGUUAUACUUUUACAAAAGUACCUAAUUUCUUUAUUGCAAAUUUAGAUAAAUCGCACAUGCAUACAUUCCUUGGAUAGAUCAAAACAAACAAUUUAUCUAUAGUUUUACUACUAAACUAUGAUUGCAAAACGUGCACAAUAUUUGUAGAUGUUUAUAGUAUCGAUUAAUGUAUUAUUUAAAAUAUCUGUAGUUAUUAAUAACUUUAUACAAUUCUAUAAUAUUUAUGUACAAAAGAAAAUUGUAAGACAUUACAUAUUACAUUUUUUAAGAAUAAAGUUUAGUAUAUUAUAAUGUUAUCCGAUAAGGAUUGUUUUGUUUAACUCUGUGUUGUUUUUGUUAAAAUUUAUCCAACUAAUAACAAAUAAUGUAAUUAAAUACAUGUUAUAAAAUAUAUUUUGUCAGAUCA